CAUCAGAUAAUAGCCAGCGAUUUCGGGAAACCUGCUUUGCAUUUGCCCUGACUCCACAGCAAGUGCAGCAAAUCAGCAGUUCCAUGGACAUUUCUGGAACCAAAUGUGAUUUCACUGUGCAGGUCCAGUUAAGGUUUUGCUUAUCUGAAACCAGUUGCCCACAGGAAGAUCACUUCCCACCAAAUCUUUGUGUGAAAGUUAAUGGAAAACCAUGUAGCCUUCCUGGCUACCUUCCUCCAACUAAAAACGGGGUUGAACCAAAGCGGCCAAGCAGACCAAUCAACAUCACAUCGCUGGUGCGACUGUCCACAACAGUCCCAAACACAAUUGUUGUCUCUUGGACUGCAGAAAUAGGAAGAGUGAGUACAAAGCAAAAUUGCUGGGAGAAGGGAUGGUUACGUACAUUCAAUGAAUCAAAACAGCUUUGCCAGAAC